AUGGAUCCCACACCAGUUGUUCAAUCCUUAGCCAACUUGACGUUUGCUGAUCUCGAUGACGAUGUUUCUCAGCGACACCUUCAGAAUGUUUCUCUGGAUCCGGAGGCCGAUGAAGUGGUCUACUAUGCUGUGGGACGAUUAGUGACAGAGAAACCUGUGAAGUUUCUCUUUCUCCGUGAUACUUUGGCAACGAUCUGGCGUCCUGCGAUGGGUAUGAAUAUUGAUGAGUUGGCAACCCGCAGGUAUUUGUUCAAGUUCUACCAUGAGGCUGAUAUAUCUAGGAUCAUUAAUGAUGGCCCGUGGACGUUUGAUCAGAGUUUACUCCUUCUCAAGCGCCUAUCUGAUACAGAAGAUCCUUUAGACAUUGAUCUGAAUACUGCUGAGUUUUGGGUCCAAGUCCAUGGACUACCACCUGGGUUCCGUUCGGAAGCUGUGCUGCGAGGCGUUGGCGAUUUCAUUGGUGUUGUCUGCCAUUGUGAUGAACGUAACUUUGAUGGCUCUACGAGAUCUUUCUUCAGGAUUCGUAUUACCAUCGAUGUUACUAAACCCCUGAAGAAAGGCAUGCGGCUGAAAAAAGAGGAUGGUGAUUGGAUUCAGAUUGAAUUCCGUUAUGAACGCCUACCCACCUUCUGUUUCAUCUGUGGAUUAUUGGGGCAUGGUGAUAAGUUUUGCAAUAGAAGGGUGCAAGGUUGGGAUCCUCUGUCUGAGAAAACUUAUGGAUCUGAGCUUCGCGCUGGGUUUCGGCGUAAUAUUCCGACGGGCGGGAAUAGAUGGUUGGCGCCGAACACGGCGGCAGAGAGGCGUAGCUGGAACGCGCCGGGAAGAGAGGCUGCCGCGGAUUGGAAAGGGAAAUCUCCACAAAAUCAGCGUAAUGAUACUCCAGCCAAAAAUAAUCAGCACAAUAAUACUGAUGGCAUAAAUCAUGCACCGGUUAUGGAAAUAAAUCAUGCAACCAAUUGUGAAAAUAAACAAGAUGGUGCGUCUGACGUGGAGGAUGGUCUUUUAAUCUUAGAACAAAAAAGACGUCGCGUUGAGCCCCAUGCAGAUGAUAAUGCUAUUAUGGUUGUUCCAAUGGAGUAUGAAAAUUCCGGUUCAAAAAACUUGCUGUUGGCGGUGCUGACAGUUCAGGAAGUUAUGGCUUUAGAAGCCAAAAAUAAGCCAACUUUUAUUUUUCUUAUGGAAACGAAAGUUAGAAGACAACCUGCUGAGAGUUUGAAAUUGAAGUUGCAUUUUGAUGGUUUGUUUUAUGUGGAUGGAGGUGGUUUGAGUGGAGGAUUGGCUCUAUUCUGGAAGGAUAGAGGUAUUGCCCAAUUAAUCAGCUAUUCGAAAAAUCAUAUUGAUAUUCAGUUUCGGUUGGUCAUUGGUGACUUCAAUGAGAUUACAGUUUCCACUGAAAAACGGGGAAUUCACAAUCACCCUUCUCAUCUCAUGACUAGUUUUAACAAUGCUCUAGAUGAUUGCCACCUAUUUGAUCUUGGAAUGAAAGGUCGACCCUUCACUUGGGAGAAAAGUAAAGGUACUAUCAAUUGGGUAGAAGAGCGUCUUGAUAGAGCUGUUGCAGGUGCGGACUGGUGCUUAUUAUUUGAGCAUGCGACAGUGUAUAAUAAGGAGGUGUUAAACUCGGACCACACGGCGAUUUUCCUCGACCUAGAAAAACCAAAAAUCCGAGCUCAACGGCGACGAUUCAUGUUUGAAAAUGCAUGGCUCCGUGAUGUAGGUUGCGGGGAAAUUGUAAAUGAAGCUUGGGAAAACUCUGUUGGAGAGACCAUUCCCAGUCGGCUAGACUACUGUGGUGAGCAAUUAAGAAGAUGGGGUGGUGACUUGGGAAAACGCCUCACUCGGGAGAUUGAAACUACACAAAAGCGCAUCAAUUUGCUUAGGGGUCGUACAGACCACUCAUCUCUGGCCAUGGUUCGAGAACUGGAUAAUAAAAUGCGCCAACUUUAUAGCCAACAAAAUAUCUUUUGGCGUCAACAUGCCAAACAGUAUUGGUUGACGCAAGGGGAUCGAAAUACAAAAUUUUUUCACUGUUAUGCGACUUCCCGAAAGAAAAAGAACACUGUUGUACGAUUGAAAAAUGAGGCCGGUAUUUGGACAGAAGGUACAUCUCUACUACUGUUGGCUAAGGAUUAUUUUUGCAAUAUUUUUCACACGGCAGGGAGUAUGCAGUCUUCCUAUAUUGAUAGGUUGCACCCUAAAAUCAGUGAUGAAGACAAUGAUAGAUUGCUACAACCAUUCACGCCUGAUGAAGUUAAAGAAGCAAUAUUUUCUAUGGCCCCGGAUAAAUCUCCGGGUCCGGACGGGUUUAAUCCGGGUUUUUUCCAACACUUUUGGGGAAGCAUUGGUAAUGAUAUUACUAAUUUUGUGUUACACUGCCUCCAUUCAAGAACGCUACCAGAGGGAAUGAAUGAUGCCUACAUUACUUUGGUCCCCAAGAAAACGCUGCCUAUGAGCAUGGGUGAUUUGAGACCAAUCGCGCUCUGUAAUGUCACCUAUAAAAUCCUUGCUAAAAUGGUGGCGAAUCGGCUUAAGGUGGUACUUGAAAAAACCAUUUCUGAUUCUCAAAGCGCUUUUAUUCCGGGCCGGUUAAUAACGGAUAACGUCCUUAUUGCUUCUGAAGUCAUCCAUUACUUAAACCGGAAGAGGGAAGGCAAGACGGGAUGGUGCGCUCUAAAGCUUGACAUGGCCAAGGCCUAUGACAAGAUGGAGUGGGAUUACCUUCGUGCUAUUAUGGAAAAAAUGGGCUUUCAUACUCGAUGGAUUGAACUGAUAAUGCUUUGUGUAUCUACAGUCCGCUACAAGGUUAAUAUGAACGGGUCUCUCACAGAUUACAUCAUUCCCACGAGAGGAUUGCGCCAAGGAGAUCCCCUCUCCCCAUACCUCUUUAUUCUUUGCGCGGAAGGUUUGUCUCAUUUGUUGUCACAAUCAGUCUAUGAUGGCCGGAUAUCCCCAUGUAUUGUGGCAAGAGGAGCCCCAGGUAUUUCUCAUCUCUUUUUUGCGGAUGACAGUCUCCUAUUUUUUAAGUCAUCGGUGCAUGAGGCGAAUGUGGUUAGGGAUUGCUUAAAGGCUUAUGAAUCUAUGUCUGGCCAAACUGUCAACUUCACUAAGUCAUGUAUUGUUUUCAGUAAAAAUGUUGACAGCCAUAACAAAAUUGCAGUAGCUUCCACCUUGGGGGUAACUCAAGCAGAUAGUAUUGGAAAAUAUUUGGGCCUUCCUUUGGGUAUUGGCAGAAACCGGAAGGAAGUCUUCUCUUUUAUAGAGGCUAAGCUUAAACAACGGUUAGAUGGGUGGUCCAAAAGGAUUUUAUCUAGAGCUGGUAAAGAAGUGUUACUGAAGAGUGUGGCUCAAUCCCUACCUACAUACACUAUGAGUUUGUAUUACCUCCCUAUCACCUUCUGUGAGCACAUUGAACGAAUGAUGAAUAAAUAUUGGUGGCUAUCAAAGUCUAGUAAUGGGGGUGGUGUGCGUUGGUUAGCUUGGAAUCGCAUGACAUUUGCAAAAUCUGAGGGUGGUCUAGGCUUUAAAAACCUCAACAAAUUUAAUAUUGCUUUACUGGCAAAGCAGGGUUGGAGGAUUCUUUGUAAUCCGUUGUCUAUUGUUGCCCGUCUUUAUAAAGCCCGUUAUUUUUCUGACACAGAUUUUCUAAAAGCUAAGUUGGGGUCUAAUCCUAGCUACAGUUGGCGCUCCAUUCUUGCUGGCGUAGAUGUUUUGAGGCGUGGCUGUUUUCGGCGCAUUGGUGAUGGCAGGGCAACAAAAAUCUGGCACCAUCCUUGGCUACCAGAUAAGGACCAUCCAUAUGUCCAGACUCCAAUCUCAGAUGAACUUGGUGAGGCAGUAGUUGGAUCUCUUAUUGAUCAUACUACAGGGGAUUGGAAUUCUAACAUGCUUACUACCCUAUUCCUGCCUCGGGAUGUAGAACUCAUUAAAUCAAUACCUAUUUCGGUGGAUUUUGCAGACAAGUGGAGUUGGCGAGGAGACAUUCGAGGACUCUAUUCUGUUCGAAAUGGUUAUAGGAUGCUGAGAGAAGAUACAACGACGCCACCUACUCCAUUUACAGCCUGGAAAGCUUUAUGGAAAACAAAGCUCCCCCCAAAGGUGUUAAACUUUGCAUGGCGAUGUGCCAGAAAUGUAUUACCUUCGGUUGUGUCGUUAGCUACUAGAGGUGUCGUGGUGGAUCCCUGUUGUCCCAUUUGUCUCGCCGGUCCUGAAACCAUGAAUCAUAUCUUCUUUGAGUGUUCAGAGGUAAAGGAUGUUUGGCUUGGCACGUUAGACCUCUCACUACAAGCUCAAGUAAGUUUUGAAUUGUGGCUCUCCUCCCUCUUUGAACAAUCUGAUGCCGCAAAAAUCUGCAAAAGUCUAGCGAUAUGCUGGAAUGUGUGGAAAAGACGCAACGAAUGGGUUUGGAAUAGGAGGCUGUGGUCGAUGGAAAUGCUGAAGCAAUUGGUGGAUAGUUGCGUGUUGGAAUGGCAGUCGUACAGUGCAGCCUCAUCCCCCAUAAUCAGCAAUCAUACGACAUUGGGUAGCAGUUUAGUAGUUCCGCCUCUGACUUGGGUAGUGAAGGUGGAUGCAUCUCUACAGUAG